AAUUCAGUUCUUCAGUCAUAAUACCCACAUUUCAAGUGCUUAAUAGCCACAAAGCUGGUAGCUGCUGGCUACCGAUCUCGUACGUUCAGACGUUGCCCCCCAAAACAAAAUUUCCAGCAGAAGUGCCAAUUAAGCUCCGGGUUCGGGAAACUGCGGAUCCUGCAGUUCCAGUUAUCCUCACAAGAUGGCACUAAAGAGCAUAAUCGCAACAGCGCCAGGCGAGCUUCCGACCCCGGAAGCUAAAUCCCAUGGUUCUAUGUAUUUCCUCCUGCUUUUCUCCACCCCCGGAGACUCAGCCUAAUCACCUCAGGCCCUGAGGUCUGCAUGCCCGCAAGAUGUGUCGGAGAGCAGAGCCGCGGUGUCUAUAGAGCAAGUGAAGAGCCGCAAGUACGCAGUUCGGCACCCUGGAGCCACGUGCGGGUAGUGGACGCGGUGCCCCCGGACUCACAGGUCCCGAUCCCCGACGAGCACAAACGGUAGACAGCGUGGACUCAGAACGCGUCGCCUGGCUACCGCCGUCGCGUUGUCUUCUCCAAGGUCGCCAGGGCCGGACCUGAGCCCCCAGUGCACUCGCAGUACUCCUCCAAUGAUUCAGAAGUCACUCCCGGCGCUGCUGGAACCUCAAGAUGUCGGAGACAGGGUGGGAACGCUUAUGUUGCAUCCCGUGAUCAAGGCUUUCCUGUGUGGCUCCAUCAGUGGGACCUGCUCUACCCUCCUUUUCCAGCCCCUGGAUCUCCUCAAAACGCGCCUGCAGACUCUGCAGCCCUCAGCCCAUGGAUCCAGGCGUGUCGGGAUGUUGGCCCUGUUCCUGCAGGUGGUCCGCACGGAGAGUCUCUUGGGCCUUUGGAAAGGGAUGUCCCCUUCCAUUGUGAGGUGUGUCCCUGGCGUUGGAAUCUACUUUGGCACGCUCUACUCUCUGAAGCAGUACUUCCUGCGAGGCCAUCCCCCCACUGCCAUGGAGUCCGUCAUACUGGGGGUGGGCUCUCGCUCAGUGGCAGGGGUCUGCAUAUUGCCCAUCACUGUGAUCAAGACGCGUUACGAGAGUGGGAGGUAUGGCUAUGAGAGUGUCUACACAGCCCUGAGGAGCAUCUAUCGCAGCGAGGGGCACCGGGGCCUCUUCAGUGGCCUGACAGCAACGCUCCUUCGUGAUGCACCCUUUUCUGGAAUCUAUCUAAUGUUUUACAACCAGACCAGAAACAUCGUGCCCCACGACCAGUUGGAUACAGCCCUCAUUCCCGUUGUAAAUUUCAGCUGUGGGAUAUUUGCUGGUAUUCUGGCCUCACUGGUAACUCAACCUGCAGAUGUUAUCAAAACUCAUAUGCAGCUCUCCCCAAUGAAGUUUCGGUGGAUUGGUCAGGCAGUGACAAUCAUCUUCAAAGACUAUGGGCUGCGUGGCUUCUUCCAAGGCGGUGUGCCCCGGGCCCUCCGCAGGACUCUGAUGGCAGCGAUGGUGUGGACAGUCUAUGAAGAGAUGAUGGCCAAGAUGGGCCUGAAAUCCUGACUGAGAGGGGACUGAGAAAGGAUGGGAUCUGUUGCCCCGCCCGGUUUCUGCCAGGGCUGCUUCAUCUCACUAUCCUGGAGUAAGAUGAAGUCCUAUUUGGAAAGCCAGGCAGAUACGUCACCUUGUUACCCAGUUGAAGCAGAGAAUAGAUGGGCCUGGCUCAAGGCUUCAGAAUCUCUCAAAA